AUGACGUUCACAGUAUCUGCCUCAAAAGCUAUUAACUUGUUAUCCCAACGAACGAAGUUCUGUAGGGAUAUAGUGAAGCCCUCCGUCCGUCCGUCAGUCAGUCAGUCGAGAGCUAGUAACUAUUCGGCGCAGGUUUCAGAGAUGGCAAAGCUACGCCAAUUUGAAAUCUUCUUUGACAAGCCGAUGCCAAUUUACCAAGCGGGCGAACUUGUAACUGGGGCUGUAGUCUUAGGUCUAGAUGAACCGAUGAAGAUGAGAGCUUUGCAAUUGUUAGUCCAUGGUGCAGCGGAUGUCUUCUGGAGAGAAUCCAGUGGUACCGGAGACUCCAAAACAACACAUACUUAUAGCAACCAUGAGAGCUAUUUUGAACACUUCAUAGGACUAUGGGGGGCUACAGCUCCUGGAGAAAGUGGCAACGAUCCCAGUCAUCCCCAGGGUCACUUUACCUACCAGUUUCAGUUUCUCCUCCCCCCAGUAUUACCUUCCUCGUUUGAGAUUAAGCAGGGCCAUGUCCGGUAUUGGGUAAAAGCGACCAUUGGGCGAUCCUGGAAAUUUGACCAUAACUGUAAACGGCCUUUUACUGUAUUGAGCCAUUUGGACUUGAAUAUCUACCAACCCAAUAUAUUGCUUGGGUUAGAGGGGAGAGAUCAAAAGACAUUAUGUUGCUGGUGUUGCGCUAGUGGCCCUAUCUCCGCAACAGUCAGAAUCGCAAAACAAGGUUACGUCCCUGGAGAGCCAAUAUACAUUAAUGCAAAAAUAGAAAAUAAUUCUUCUAGAAAAAUGAGAGCUUCACGAGUAGAAUUUAAACAGGUCACUUCCUGUCACGCUACUAAUAAGACAAAUGAUGUAACUAAUACCAUCCUGACUUUACAAAGAGGAGAAAUCGACGCAGGAGGGACUGAAUGCUGGGAAAAUGUUCAACUUGUCGUUCCUCCGCUUCCACCGUCUUAUCUUGUUGGUUGCAGAAUCAUUGACAUCAGAUAUGCUCUACACUUUGUAGUUGACCCCUCUGGACCAGCAUUUGAUCUUGAAGUGCCUUUAGAAGUAAUAAUAGGGACAAUACCUUUGCAACAAAUGUGGUCAAACUUCUCAACCAAUACUUCUUAUGGAAUGGGUGCUGAGUCUACCCCAAUGGUUGCUAUGCCAACAGCACCCACUCAAGGCCCAUCUCAUGCCAAUCCUUCAGCCCUAACAGCACCUACGCCGACUUAUUCUCAGUCUGUAUUUGGAAAGUCCAGGAUUACAGACGAUCAGGAUAAUCUUCAAUACACCAGUGGAGAGCUGGAUUACGCACCAUUUUAUGCAUACUACAAUUUCAACCAAGGCGCAGACCAGGAACAAUGUCAACAGCCACCUCAAGCAAAAACUUCACGUGAAUAAUUUGAGACAAUAUUUGAACUUUAGUGUUACUAAUAACCCAGAUGCGAGUGGGUAAUUACCAGUUUCACCAACAGGUGGCUUAUUCGGGUUAGAUAGCAUGACAGGUGAAUUAUAGUAGAAAGUUACAUUUACCUUGAGUAUUUGUCAGUUUUCGUGGUUCACUUUUCAUAUCACCCUUAUGUAUCUAAAGUUAUCGAAAUUAAUAUAUGUCCAGUAAAAGAAAAAAUUAUCUGUCCAAUACAAGAGC